UUGAAAUAUUUUGUAUAGCUGAAAUGGGAGAUUCAAAUCGCUACAGAGCAACCUACGGGGAUUACCACUACACAACGGAGAAAGCUACCCGAAAAGCGCUGCUCCACAUGAUUCUGUUCGUCAUCUUUUUGACAUGUGCGACGAAGAUUGGCCACGAUUUGAUAGUGCAUGAGCAGUAUUUCUUUAUCAAGGGUUUUCGAAACUUACUUGAAACGCCGGAUUUCUUGAAUGAUGACGGCUCCAUUUCUUUCAGUCAUGUCAUUACAAUUACCGACUUUUGGGACUUUUUGCAGUUUGGGGUCCUUUCCAUGCUGCAUGGCAAUGUCAAUAAUCAUUCGGUUAACCAUUUACAUGAGCACCGCGUGAUUCACAGAACACAGAACUUAAGAGGCCGCUUAUUUCUAGACGAAAACCUAUUGCUUGGCCCACCGAGGCUGCGCCAGGUGCGUGUCAAACAGGGCGACUGUGAGGUGCCCAGCUCGCUCUUGGGCUACUUCAACGAAUGUUAUAUGCCCUAUUCGAAGAGCGAUGAGGCCACUGAUGCGGUCUAUAAGGGCACACGGUUCUAUACAAUGGAUGAACUGGAGACCAAACCCAUCGAGGCACCACUGCAUACCUAUCACACUGGAGGCUACGUGAAACUGUUGUCUUACGAAGCGCAUAAGAGUCUGGCGAUCGUGCGGCAUUUACGCAGUAUCAAGUGGUUAGACCGUGCUUCACGUUUGGUCCUGCUCGAGAUGAAUAUGAUCAAUUUGAACAUGGACCUAAUACUCUCCACUAAAUUAACUUUCGAGAUAAUGACAACCGGGUUUAUAAACACCAAGUACAACUCGCAAGCGUUCUACACGAGUCCACUGAUCGGUGGCUUCGCAACGGAGUGCUCCAUUGUAAUCUAUAUAAUUAACGUAUAUUACACCUACCUUGAGGUGAACAAAAUUACUCGCAUCGGCCUUCGGCUAUACUUUAAAAAGUUUUCAACAUACACAUUUGUACCUAGUAUUUUCAUCUGUUACACGUUAAUUUAUAUGCAUAUCUCCUCGACCUAUUACUCCGCAAAAUUCAAGUCUGCCAUGAAUUCGGAGAGUGUCGAUUUCGUUCCGUUGGACCAUUUGCUGUACACAUUUUCGACUCAGCAGAUCCUAGUUGGAUUCUUGGUUUUCUUUUCAUGGAUGGGCCUUUUAGCAUAUAUAGACUUUGUGCCACUUCUAAGAACUUUGGGAUGUUCUAUAAAGAACGCCUUCACCGACUUGGCUGCCUUUUUCAUCAUGGUCUCCGUGGCGUUUUUGGCCUUUGCUCUGCUUGGCAUGUGCCUGUUUGGCGAGAAAAAUUCCAACUUCAAAAAUAUCUCGUCCGCAUUCUUAACUAUGCUCCGCAUGACGGCUGGCGACUUUAACUACUUUGAAUUGGCACAGGAAUUCCCAGUGUGGGCAUCCUUAUACUUUUUUACUUACGUGCUCUUCAUAUUUUUCGUUGCAUUGAACAUGAUCCUGGUCGUUAUUGUGUUGGCCUACAAAAAGGCCACAGCGUUGAGUGCCUACAAGCCCUCCUUUCUGCUGUACUAUAUAAGAAAGCAAAUCUUUCGUCUGACCUGCGGCCUUUGUAAGCCUCCCCGCUAUCCACAUAACAGUCAAGAAAAUCAAUUCGGCCACAUGUUCAACGAAGAAAGGCUGCAACAAUUGUAUAUUACCAAGGAGUUUACGGAAAUCGAGUCAGACCUGAAUAUACUACAUAUUCGGUUGAAUCUAAUUGACAAAGUACUUAAUCGUUUCACGAAUAACAUGGAUGACAUAAUAGCUAAUGUGAAAAAGCAAAAUAAGCAGCAAAUUAACAAUCCAGAAACUGUCUAAAAAGUUAACUGAAUUGAACUAUAAAAUAAUAA